AUGCAACCAUUGCAAGAAGUUCGGCAUGUAGAGAAAAAUUAUCGCAACAAAAAUAGGCAUCAAGCUAAUAUCGCAGAGGAGCAUGAUCAAGAACAAUGUAUGUUCUAUGCCACUCAAGACUCAAUAAAAGAAAAGGGAGGAAGCUGGUACUUAGAUAGUGGAUGUAGCAAUCACAGGGCCAAGGAUGAGACUAUUUUCAAAAGCAUUGACGAGUCUGUCAAAGUCAAAGUUCGACUGGGAAAUAGAAGUGUGGUUGAAUCAAAAGGCAAAGGCACUGUCAUGGUGGAGACAGAUAAAGAAAAAUCAGAAGUCUUUGGAGUAUUCAAAAAGUUCAAGGCCCUUGCUGAAAAUCAAAGUGGAAAACAGAUAAAAGUACUAAGAAGUGAUCGCGGCAAAGAGUACACUUCUCGCGAGUUUGAAAGAUUUUGUGAGGAUAAAGGCAUUGAGUGA